UAUCUUCAAUAUUUUUCAUCCCUUUUAUCAAGCGACCCGAAUACGCCUCACUUUCGGACCUGGUUAACCCGAUUUCAGAACCCGUGCUGAAUCGUGGUUUGUUAUAAGGACCGGUGAGGUUUUGAUGCUGUGAAAGUGUGGUAGUUUGGAUAUGGAGACAGAGAAUGCAGUGAAUUACACGUAUAUGGGGAGGAGCUUUAAAGAUUUGAGCAUCAACGAUGAUUCUACAGCUUUAAGUGAUUGUAGCAGCGAUAGAUCUGGGGAGUUCGCUACGGCUUCGUCUCAGAGUCAGCUGUUAUUACUCGCAUGUGCUAAUUCCGAGAAUUCCAAUGACUUAAUACGGCAACUCGUAUCAGAUCUCGAUUCAUGUUCGAUUGACGAGCAAAAGCAAGCGGCCUUGGAGCUUAGACUGUUGGCAAAGAACAAGGCGGAAAAUCGAAUAAAGAUUGCUAAAGCUGGCGCAAUAAGGCCUUUGAUUUCGUUAAUUUCAUCUUCUGAUCCCUAUCUUCAAGAAAACGGCGUGACGGCGAUUUUGAAUCUCUCUUUAUGUGACGAGAACAAAGAACUUAUAGCUUCAUCGGGAGCGAUUAAACCACUGGUUAGAGCUUUGAGGACGGGAACUGAAACGGCUAAAGAAAACGCAGCUUGUGCUUUGCUUCGGCUAUCGCAUAUAGAAAGAAACAAGGUGGCGAUCGGACGGUCAGGAGCUAUUCCACUUUUAGUUAAUCUUCUUGAGAACGGUGGAUUUCGCGGGAAAAAGGACGCAUCGACAGCGUUGUAUUCUCUAUGCACAGUUAAAGAGAACAAAAUCAGGGCCGUUGAAGCUAGGAUUAUGAGACCACUAGUGGAAUUAAUGGCCGACUUCGGGUCAAACAUGGUUGACAAGUCGGCUUUUGUUAUGAGCGUGUUGGUACCAAUACCGGAAGCUAAAACGGCUUUAGUUGAACAUGGAGGGAUUCCCGUUUUGGUGGAAAUUAUCGAAGUUGGAUCGCAGAGGCAAAGGGAAAUAGCCGUAGCGACCUUGUUACAGAUUUGCGAAGAUAAUUUGCUGUUCCGUGCUAUGGUGGCCCGCGAAGGAGCAAUUCCCCCAUUAGUCGCUUUGUCCCAGUCCGGUACCAAUCGCGCCAAGCAGAAGGCAUCGACACUAAUAGAGCUUCUACGGCAACCAAGAUCCGGCAACGCCGCUGCCAGGGGCUCGGAUGUGUCAGUUUAAAACUGUCCCUACCACCCACAUGGAGAUUCUAAUAACAAAAUCAAAAGAGAAACAAUGAAAUAGAUUUUGCACAAAAUACAUAUUGAAAUGUAAAUAUCUUAUAUCAAGUAAUCUCGACAUCGUGAUAAAGUGGUAUGAGACUUUGAUAUGCUUGUUUUUGAGGUUUGGUUGGCUUUUGGCUUAUUUCAUCAAGAAAAGAAUAGUUAUAUAUAAUUUGUUGACAGUUCAAC